AAGAAGAUGAAGAGAUUCCUGAAGAACUAGCACUUUGCAAAUUUUGCUUCAACAUAUUUGCCGAAGAAAAUGUUCUCAAGACAAAAUGUAAUUGCAAAACUGGUCUUGUCCAUGACAAAUGCGCAUCUCACCACUUCAAUGAGAUAGGAAAUAACAUGUGUGAAGUUUGUGACCAAGAGGUUGAAACAAUACCC